GGAAAGCAUAGUUUAAAGUCCCGUAGUAUUAAGUAAAUGUGAAGUGUGAAUAAGAAAAGCGUGCAAACACGACAUAAACAUAUAGCAGACCACGUUAGAAAGAGGGUCCCACACAUAGUUUGGUAAGGCAAUCUUUUCCCAAACUUUGAUACUCACAACAACACUCAAUACAUUCAUUUUUCCUUCUUUCCAUUCAAACAUUCCAAAAUUUCCAACCCCUUCUUUUCUUUUCUAACUUCCUCAUAUCCUUCCAUUCUUUGAUCUUCUUCUUUUGUUGCUAUGAAGAAGCUUUGUCCUAACCUUGAUCGAGAGGAUGGUCUUGAAACAGUGCUUGAAGUUCCUAUACCAGAGGAAAUUUUCACACACAAGAGUGGAACCAUGAAAGCUUGGCAGAACGUCAAGUUUUGGAUGAAGCCAAACGCAGAAUCAAAAGCAGCUUCUAUGACAGCAGUUUUCGGUGGAAGAAACACAGAGAUUCAGCUUUUGUUAGGUGUUGUAGGAGCUCCAUUAAUUCCUUCACCUAUCAUCUCUGACAACCAACUCAUCACUCGUAGCAUUAAAGACCAACACAUUGAGGUUUCAAUGGCGAAAUAUAUAGUGAAACAGUAUGUGGCUGCAGUGGGAGGAGAAAGAGCAUUGAAUUCAGUGGAUAGUAUGUAUGCAAUGGGACAAGUGAAGAUGGCAACUUCAGAGUUUUCUGCAGGGGAAGGAGGGGGUGUGAAUAGUAAUAAUAAGAAGAUGGUGAAGGUGAAGAAUGUGGAGAUGAAAGGUGAGAUGGGUGGUUUUGUGGUGUGGCAGAAGAGACCAGAGUUAUGGUGUUUAGAGUUGGUGGUUUCUGGUUACAAGAUUAGUGCUGGAAGUGAUGGAAAAGUUGCAUGGAGACAAACUCCUUGGCAUCACUCUCAUGCUUCUCGUGGUCCACCUAGACCUCUUAGACGUUUCUUACAGGGUCUUGAUCCAAGGUCAACUGCUAACCUAUUCAGCAACUCUGUAUGCAUUGGAGAGAAGACAGUAAACAAAGAAGACUGUUUCAUAUUGAAACUCGAAGCAGAGUCAUCGACACUACAAGCAAGAAGCAACAGCAAUGUAGAGAUAGUUCGCCACACAGUGUGGGGAUACUUCAGCCAAAGAACAGGACUAUUAGUGCAGCUAGAAGACUCUCACUUGCUCAAACUCAAAUCCUCAGAAACCGACAGCAUAUACUGGGAAACCAACAUGGAGUCGUUAAUACAAGACUACAGAACUGUCGAUGGCAUUCAAAUAGCACACACAGGGAAAACAAAGGUGUCCUUGUUCAGGUUUGGUGAAGGACCCGAGACGCGUACUAGGACACGGAUGGAGGAGGUGUGGCAAGUUGAAGAAGUUGAUUUUAAUAUUAAAGGUUUGUCUAUUGAUUGUUUUUUACCUCCUAGUGAUUUGAAGAGAGAGCAAGAAGAAGCAGGACAGUGUGGUGGUGGUGUUGCUGCUAAUGCUAAGUUGCCUUAUAAGAUUCGUUCAGCUUCUUUUAGGAUAAGUGCUUCUAAAGUAGCAGCUGUGAACUUGGAUGAUUCUUGUACUAGUGAGAGCGAUGAAGAUUUGUAAAUCCAUCCUUUUUGUGUUUUGUAUAUAUAACAUACACUGGUAUAUGAUUAAGUGUUUGUAGUUGAAGUAUGAAUAUGAUAUUAACUUUUAACUUCUUUUUGUUACAAAGUGAAAAAAAAUAUAGGACUGAACAAUUUUCAGUAAUCAAUGGAUAGUUUGGACAUUA